AUGGAUCCUUCAAUUUUCAAGCUCCUCGAAGAAGACGAGGAUGAAUCGAUGCACUCGGGAGCUGACGUGGACGCCUUUCAGGCCGCUCUUAAUCGAGAUAUUGAAGCUUCCACUUCACUGUCCACUUCUAACCCUCCUGGAAAAAGCCAUUCUCUCAACGAACAGUCUUCUACAUGGAAUAAUGGUAUCGGAGAUGCUAAUAUAAAUCUCCAUACGCAACACAGCAUUGAGAGCACACAGAUGAAGGAGCAACAAGGAUCAGGUGUAGAGAAUCAACACCAACAUGAUUUAGAACGCACAGAUGAAUCUCAUUUGCAACACAACCAGCCUCAAGACCUCCACCAAGCAAAUCAGGAUCCUUCACAGGUGCCCCAAACGAUUGGGUUACAGAUUUCGGAAAAGAAACUUACUGGUAAUGAACCUGAAAGACCGCAAAAUCAAGAGAGUGAAUCUCAGUAUUCAAAACUGCAAAAGAUGAGUAGUCAACAGCCUGUUAACCCAAUUAACCGCAACCCUAAGCAAGUACCAUUUGCUGCUUUGCUUCCUACCUUAAUGGCUCAACUCGAUAAAGACCGAUCACUGCAGCUCCGUACCCUAUAUGCUAGACUUAAAAAAAAUGAAAUCCCCAAAGAGGGUUUCACACGACUUGUGAAGGAGAUUGUAGGCGAUCAGAUGCUUAGGUUGGCAGUUAGUAAACUACAGGAGGUGGGUUAUAACCAGGGAAAAAUGGGAAUUCAAGCACCUACUGAAAUCAAUAAUCAAAAAUCUCAGUCUAAUCCUCGUGGAGUCGUCCACCUUAACCAACUUCCUUCGUCAACAGGCAGUUCAGUUCCUGUGCAGGGACUUACAAAUCAUCCUCAGCAUAACCAGAUGCAGCGCCCACCAAGUUCUUUUCCUAUGUAUACCGGCUCUGGUAGUUUUCACUCAUUCCCCGGUCCAAGCCCCAAUGUUUCUGGUUCCACGUUGAGACCCCACCUUCAUGAUUCCCAUACGCGACAUGUGGCACAUAACCAGACCGUGGGAUCAACUGGUCCUGGAGCACCUCCCCUGUCUACCACAAACAUGAUGAAUAUGCCCAAGUUUGAGAGACCAGCUUCUGUAAAUGAUCCUAAUAGGGUUCAAGGCGGCCCUACUUCACACUUCCGGAACAGCUCAUCGUUGCCUCUAAAUUCUGCACCUAGUCAAGGAUCAUCACAGCCCCUUGUGAAGCAGGAAUCAGUUGAACAAAGUUUUGAACAGAAUAAGGCAGCCUCAGGGACUCCGAAAGAGGAUUUAAAGGAGUCCUCUAGAAUGGUUUUAUCCGCAACUAGCAACAUGGACGCCAACACAGCAAUGAAUUCUCGUGGCCCAUUGAGUACGUCUCAAACAGGAUUUAAUGCUAAGAUGCCACCCAAAAAGCCAAUUGCCGGUCAGAAGAAACCACUUGAGACAUUAGGUUCUUCACCAGCACCACCAAGCAAGAAGCAAAAAGUGGUACCGAAUUCUAUGGAUCAAAGUAUUGAACAGCUCAAUGAUGUCACUGCAGUCAGUGGUGUCAAUCUCAGGGAAGAGGAAGAACAAUUAUUUUCUGGGGGCAAGGAGGAUGGUCGUGUUUCCGAAGCAUCUCGUAGAGUUGUGCUGGAAGAGGAAGAAAGAUUAAUUUUGCAGAAAAGUCCACUACAGAAAAAGCUGGCAGAAAUUAUGGCGAAAGUUGGGCUAAAGCAGAUAAGCAAUGAUGUUGAACGGUGCUUGUCUCUGUGUGUGGAGGAAAGGAUGCGAGGACUACUAUCUCAUAUCAUUCGUUUGUCAAAGCAGCGGGUUGAUACUGAGAAAUCUAGACACCGGACCUUUAUCACGUCAGAUAUUCGUCUACAAAUCAACGAAAUGAACCAGAAGAUGAAAGAGGAAUGGGAGAAGAAACAGGCUGAAGCAGAAAAACUUAAGAAACCAAGCGAGAGUGAAGAAGGUGAUGGUCGAGAUAGUGAGAAGGAGAAAGAAGAUAACCGUUCAAAGGGUUUGAAGGGAAAUAAAGAGGAUGACGACAAAAUGAGAACGACAGCAGCAAACGUUGCUGCUCGUGCUGCAGUGGGAGGAGAUGAUACGCUUUUGAAAUGGCAAUUAAUGGCAGAAGCUCGUCAGAAAUCUGCCUCUGAAUCUGGUAAAGAUGGUAAUCAGAAAACUAAUUCUGGUGGUGGAAGAAACUCCAAGGAGAGACAAGAUGGUGGACGUCGGUUUUCUGGAGCUGGUGGUCGAAGGUUAGGGAAGAACCAAGGUUCGUCGGUUCAACCAAAAGUGUUGAGGACAAUCUCGGUGAAGGAUGUGGUAGCUGUCCUGGAAAGAGAGCCUCAGAUGUCUAAAUCCACUCUAUUGUAUCGAUUAAUUCAAUAG